CGCGAAUAGGGUGCAUGACUUGAGCGUUUACGCAUAGUUGGAUGCUUCUAACUCAUGACUGGGAACUCGAAAUCAAACAGGACCUCGUGAAUUUCAUUAGUCUGACGACCUUUUCCAAAGCGGCAGUUUUUACGCAAGCAUGGAAGUAUUGAAUACGGACGAAAAAGGCGACAUGCGUUCGUUCAUCUGGAGUUUACACUUACACAUUCAUGCAAGUCUGAUCUAACGUCUGGAAAGUUAUCUGCUCAAAAUGAACGCUGUUCAGAACUAUCAUUCGAUGGGCACCAUUCCGCAACCGAUCCAACAACACUAUUCAUUCACCGCCUCGAUAGGACGUCGUUCAAAAAGCUGCAACGCAACCAGGACUACAGAAUUCUCGGUGAAUCAUCGUUCGUCACUGGAAGCUAGCAGUGCUGUCAGCAGCGGAUACUGGGAGGAUUACGAGUCACUGGGCCAAAGCGCCAGUGGAAGCGCAAACCUGGCAUGCGUGACACGAUAUGAGACUCCAAACACAGCGACCGCAGUCAGACAACAACCAACUGGUCUUUCCAUCGAUUACAUGCCUUCGGGGGCGAAUUCUGCUUAUCUUUCGGAAAACCUUCAUUGUCCGACAUCCGAUGAGUGUCCUAGCGGUUGGAGGCAACUGACGUUCGAGCGAAGGCUAACUAACGGUCUGCAAGAGGGAUCACCCGCGGACCGACCGUACAAAGUCUUGGAUGAAGCGUUUGGACCCAUACCAAAAUCUCUGUCUUCAGACAUGGCUUCAACGUAUGUGAGGUCUCUUGAGGACGUAACUGAAGCACCUGACUGCCAGCCACAUAGUGCUGGAAACCCAACUGCCAAUACCACACCGAUCAAAACUGGACAACUUGUCUACGCUGAUGUCGGCAUUCGGGUCAUGCACAGUUCUGCGCUGUCCUUUUCAGCGCUGUCCUUCGAUGAGUUAUCCAGCGAUUCGGAUGAUGAACUUGAUGAUACGGAUCACAACUCAGCACCAAAGACUCAGUUUGAAGCGGCCCUCAGACGAGCUCACCUGGCGCAGAAGCAGAGGAAGACCACCAGCAUGGGACUACCUGCCCGACGCGCGAUGCCAGAUUGGGGCUCACCCAUACAGUGGUCGAGAGUUCAGCGCCCGGGAUCCCCAGAACAGUCACAAGUUCCAAAAAAACUCAACUUUCACUCGAUGAGUCCACCACCAACCUUAGGAGAUUCCAGUUCCCCUUCAGCUGAACCAGAAUCCCCAAUAUUGCCCAAUGGAAGGGACUUCUGCACAGGCAUGGAGAUAUGGUUGAACAAUCGUACGCACUGGAUCUAUAAAACGCACAGGACAAACACUCAAGCCUUUCAGCUCUGCUUCCUAAACAGUUUCGAUCAGGAGAUCGACAACCCGAUGUCAAUCAAAGACCCAGCGGUGGAGCAACAAACCACUAGUCUACCGAACGAUGAUCAACCUCGCCAGUUCUUCGAAUACGGAGUUGACGCUAACGGUUGCAUCGAGUCCUGUGAUGACUCACAACUUCCUAUACGUGCACCAGAACUGCAUCUCAUGGACCAGAUGGUCGCCGGUACUCACCUCACCCGGCACAGCCCACUUCGAGGCAGAAAUGCUAGCGAAGGAAUAACAGAUCGAUUGGACGAGCUCGAUCGUUUUUGUCGUCUCUAUUUGGAGCAGACUUUGCAAGAUUGUCAAAAUGAAGACAUGCGAAUGCUCGUGAUGAACCGUUUAGAAGGUCAAAAGCGUUUGCAUUCGAAAACCCACCUUGCCUUGUCUCAGUUGCCCAAAAUAGCUCGGAUGCAGUUAGAGGUGGAACACUAUCAAUGGUGUGUUGUAUCUCCCACUGUUUCUGGUCUGCUCCCAGGAAAGAUCAAACCCCGAUCACUCCUGAAUGUCUCCACGCUGCUUCAAUGUACAACUUCCCAGCUGAAACUUAUCAGCAAUGAUUUACAUGAAGUAAUCGGGGAUCUCAGUAGAAUGCUCGUGGACGAGUUGACGCAAAGAGACGAACUGCAUUUGGAACAAGGCGCACGGUGCAUCGAAUUGGAUGACCUUGCAGCCUACUUCAAAGAUCUGUGCAUCCGCGCUUCGAUUCGCCAGUUCCGGCGUAAAAUUAGCGCCGGCAAUCCCGAUCCAACCCGAAGUUCAAUGCCCACUUGUCUGCCGACACAUUAUCUCCAUAUUCCAGAGGCUAAUGGGGCCAAAUCCGUUGACCCCAUGUUCACAACUUUGGUUGAAGUCAGAGACAAGAAAAGUAGCGUUGGCCAGCGGCUCAUUUCCACUUUGUUUGGUCGGAGAACUACUCGAUGAUGCGCGUGACGGACAAUCCACUUCUGGCUCUGUCAUUUUCAACGAUAACAGUCCUGCUACAGAGCCCCGCAGAGCUAUGCCACAUGUGUGCACAUACGUGCACAAAACUGCGAAAAAUCAACCUGAAUUUGUCACUUCAGGUUCUCCCAUGGUUCAUGGAGUCUUGUGUACAUUAUUUCCGCUAUUAUAUCUAAAUCUGAUCUUUG